CUACACAAGGGAAAAGUCAAUGGAGGCGCUAGGUAUCGACCAAUAAGAAUUAGUUUCCACAUAGGACUGGCCAAUGACAACCCCGAGACACGCAGGUGACGCUGUUUUGGUCGUAAACCCCGAGAGCAACAACAAUCCCGCAGGGGCCGUACAGCUCGGCCAACUUGUCUGGCCAAAAUGAGGGUGAAGCUCGACCUGAGCGAGUUUGUGGAGGACGAGAGGAAGUUCUCGGUGGUGAAGGUGAACGUGGAGGAGUCGCUGACGGUGCGGGACGUCCUCGACAAGAUCUGCUCCCGCUUUAAUGUCGCCCUCGGACACCCAGAUGGAGCAGGACAAAACAAAUUGGCUGUAGGCCUGUUUGAAGAUGAAUUUUACGUCAACCCAGAUGAGACCUCCACAGUUCUUCAAGAAACAGGUGUUCUUAAACUAAGGUCAUUGCCAAAGAAGGGAAGUUCUGCAGCAGAAGGAAAGAAGCGGAAAAAAGGAAAGAAGGGGACAUUUGAAGAAGAGGUUCCACAUAGCGAUGGAGAGAAAAAAACGAGGAGGAACAAGAGAGGAAAAGUUGAUGAUGAAAUACAGCUACAAGAUAGCAUCAAGGAAGAGAAAAAGGAGAAGAGGAGUAGACUGUCAGAGGAACUUAUUCCAAUAGAGAACGAAGAUGACGACAACAGAAAAGUAAGAAAACGUAAGAGAGGUAAAACAUUGGAGGAAACGAGUGAAAUGGAAAUGGAUGUGCUUGAGGUAAAGGAACAAAGGAAACACAAAAGAAGCAAAACAUGUGAAGAGAGAGUUGAUUCAGAGGACGAGGUCCAUGUUAGAGGCAGAGGGAAGAGAGAAAAGGUGGUGGAACUGCAAGCACUUGGGGAAAUAGUAAGGGGUAAAAAGAAGGGCAAGAAGGAUAAAGCCAUUGAAAGCCAAGUUGAGACCGAACAAGAGGUCCAGGAAGUUAUUGUGAAAGAAAAAAAGAAACGGAAAAAAGAAAAACUUGUCGAAUCGGUUAGUGAAGAGGAUGUGAGAAAGGAUACUAAGAAAAAAAAGAGUAGAUCAGAGGAGCAGGUGGUUGUUCUUGAAAAAAAAAUGGAUAGAAAGAAAAUGCACAAGAAUUCAACAGAUGAUGAUUGCGAAAUGUCAAGAGCCCGGGAAACGGAUAAAAAGAAAAAAAAAUGGCAAGAGGAUAAAAGUUCACAAGAGAAGGAAGUCUCCACUAGCACUGUGAUCAAUCUAGAGAGUGAAGAAACAUCAGAUGAUGGCAACUCUUCUGAUCUCAACAGAAAGUAUGAUAAACAAACUAGAUUUAGUACUAAAUCUUCUGAUGAAGAUUAUGUUGCUGACUCGGUGACUGACCCACAUGAUCUUGCAAAUUUUGAUAAUCCUGUAACCAAAAAGAAGCGAAAGAGAAAACAUAACAAAGGACGUCGUGCUCGAAAAGAAGACAGUUAUGAUGCUUAUUCAGUUCAGAACACGAUCUGUGAGGAAACGCCAGUCUUUGCCACGAGUUCAGACUCUAAGCAUAGCUUGCCUUACCCAAAACCUAGAAACAAAAAACCCCUUCUAAACUCUAAUUUUACUCAAAGAAAGCACAUUCAUUUUGCAAGCGAAGAUGAGAAAGAAGUGUCCUCUGCUGUUAAAGAUGACAUAAAGGAGAUUGCUCAUGAAAUUGAAAUUGUGGAAACUACCACAAGGACAUCCAGAAGGAAUGAAACAAGGUCUGGCUUUGCUGGCCAAAGUCCUAACCACAAUAUUAUGGAUGGAAUAAAUAUGUCACCUAUUUUAAACAGAUCAGGUGUUAAUUUUGAAGAAUCAUCCUCAACUAAGUUGAGGAAAGAAGGUUCAUUCUUUCGCAGUUCAUUGUCUAAGAAAGCUCCUGAUGUUGUUGAGGUGGAAGGAGAAAGUGCAAUAUCUUACCCUGGUGAGUGUUCCUCACUUUAUAAUAUAUCUGGGAGAAGUCCACUUAAUAGGGGCAAAAAUAGUAAUUUUGAGCAACUGGCUACUCUCGAUAAGAUACGUAAAAAUAAAACCAUUACAGUAUGCAAGGUGGAUUCAAGAAGGGAUCAGACAAAUACUAAACCAAGGGAACCACCAAUAUCUACUUCAGCUUCUCCUUUCAGGUCACCACCGCCAAUAUUCACAAGUCCCAAACCAAUUAACGAUGAAUGUAAGCAAACCUUCCAUAAUCUUAUGACGAUUAAAAAUAGAACGGUGCCCCUUGUAUUUUCAAAUACAAGAGCAGUACAGCAAGAUUCCAGAACAGGUGCCCAAAGAGAUGAUGAAGUUCACUAUUAUUCUCCAUAUGCUAGUAAUAGGGCUACAUUUAACAAUUCAUUUCCCAAUGGAAACAGAAGUGUAGGUGGCCAAGACUUCUCUUCAAGUAGUCCUCAGAAGAUGUCUUUAGGGAAGAAGGAAAAUAGUGCCAUCAGUCAAAACUAUAGCUAUCAAACGGAAGAAAGUAUGGAACUUGGUAGAAGUUCUCAUCAGUCUCCAUAUAAAAGUCCUAUUUCAGAAUCUCCUCCAGGUACAUCAAAAUGGGUCGCUGUUUCAGAUGAUUCUCUAAAUCAGAGAGUUGGAAUCUCCCAACCAAAGAGGAAAGACAGACAGACAAUGCACUCUCCUAUAGGUGCAACUCUUUUAAAAUUGAGAAAACAGACAGUGGGUGAAGCUGAUGCAGGGGAAUUGCAAGUUAUCAGCAAUGAUGAGGCAGAUAUUGUAAGCCAAGAUGAGAUAAGUGAAGCCACUUAUGGAAAGGAAUUGCAUGCAGAAGAAAUAAGGGAAUCACGUGAACAUUAUAACUUGGCUGCAUUAAACACGAGCACUAAAAAAAAUCUCCUGUCUGGCCAAGUCAAUGGAAAAACCCUUAUGGCCACCCCAACAAAGAUUGAUAAUGAGGUUGUUGAUUUAGAAAGUGAUGAAGAUGAGAUGCCAGCAAGUAAGAGUGUGAGAUCAAGGAUGGAUACUAGUGCUAAAGUGAUGGAACGUGAUGAAGCGAUGUCUGAUCCUGCUGCUGAAAUCGUAGUAAAAAAUAAGAAGACAGGUGGUGUGAAUACAAAAACUGUUGAGAGCAGUAAAGACACUAAUGUGUCUUCUGCAGAAAUUAUAUUAGACAGCAAAAAGCCUGCUGGUUUUAAUGCUGAUGUUGUAGAAAAAGACAAAAAAACGAGCAUUACAACAGAGAUUGUAGUGGACAAUGAGAAGAGAGUUGACAGCAUUGCUGAUGUAAUUGAGAAAAAUGAAAAGUUGACUAGUUUUAGCAAUGAUUAUAUAGAUGAUGAUGAUUAUGAUGAUAUCAUAGAAGAGGAUGAAGAUUUGGGUGAUUUUGAUGCUGAAAUUAUAGAACACCAAGAAGAAAUGGGUGGUUCUGAUGGCAAUAUUCAAGAAAACAGCGAAAAGAAAUCGGAUACACCCGCUUCUGCUGCUCCUGCAGUGCACAAGGUGGAAAUAGAUACGACAGAAAUCAAAGAAGUAAUCACUGAAAAAUUAAAAGAGGACCUGCAGAAAGAAGUUAAGCAAAACCCUGGAAAGGUUAGUGGGCAAGGUGGAGCAGCAAGUGAAGCCUACUUUGAGAAGUUCCCACUUAUGAAAGUUCCCCCAAAAGCUGGGGAAUUUAUUGCAGUGAAAGUGUUGAGCCUGGAUGAAUCCUACUGCCCUGUCUACUCCAACUACCUUCAAGCACGUGUCAUUAAUGUGAAUGGACUUACGGUUACUCUAAAAUAUGUUGAUAAAAUCAAGUCCACAAAAGAAUUAGAGGCACAGGAAAACGUGGAAGAGGUAGAUCUGACCUUCGAGGAAGACGAAGUUGACCUGACUGAAGAUGGCCUGAGUAAAGACGCUGUUGUAGAGGAACUGGACUGGCGGGACAUAUGCGAACCCAGAUUGAUUUUUCCAUAAUACAUGAACAUAAAUCUGUUGUGUUUGUAUAUAAACUUUUUAUUAUUAUUGGUAUUUCAUGAAGUCCAUUGAAUAUUGUGGCUGUUGGUUGUUCAUGAACACUUGCACUAACCGCUCGUGUGUGUUGACAAGCAGUUGGUCUCAUCAUCAUCAUCGUAACAACAACAAUUACAAUUCAAAUCAAUUUUAGUGAAGUAUAUCACUAAAUGAAAAUUAAAUUGUUUCAGAAUAUUUUCUUACAAACUUGAUGGAAUAAUAUGACUGAGAGUACAGUACAGUAUUGGUGAUACAUCUGAUGUGAGUACCAACUGAGUGCUUUGUAAAUGCUAAAAUAUCUUAUAUAUUACAGUAUAUAUUGAAUAUCAAAGAUGAUUUUAAUGUAUUUUUUCUUACCUUUGUUCUAGACUUUGUCAUGAUUUCUGUUUAUAAUAAAAUCUUACUUUACUUCAUUAUGUAAUGAGCCCUUCAUUAUGUAAUGAGCCAGUAUGGAAUCUGUUACUUUUCACUGAAGUGAGUUUUAGCUAUGGCUACAGGCAGUUACUGACAUCAUAGUUCAUGUUUUCUACCAGCAUCAUUAAUCUCAUUACUGUACAGUGCUUCAAGAUGUUUCACUUACACUAUAGUUAUUCCUUAGUCAUCAGUCAUCAUCAUCACCCUUAAUAAUGCUGUCUCGGAAUAUUUUGCAUUUACUUUAUAAUCUUUUAUUUCGUGCAGUUUGCACAAAGUCAUUUACACAUCUUGGCUACGGUGUAUUUUUUAUUUGUAAGUGGCUAGUGAAGGCGUCGGUAUGUGACUGUCAAAGUUACAACCAUUCAGCAUCUGGACGAGUUAAUUUACGCGGUUAGUUUUAGCUCUGUCGGUGUUGAAUCUUAUUACUAGUAGAUAGUGGUUAGAAGAGCCGAGAGCUAGAAAUAUAUUUUUUGUAAGCUAUUGGAUACAGAAUGAAGGGCUCGGGUAAGAGUGUUAUCAAUAAGUUAGUGUUAUGGCAAUAGUGAAAACACGUAUUGGAAAAUUAAUGAAGCCCAAAGUACGUUGAGCAUAAGUGAAGACCCGACCAAGUGUACGAAUGGGAGCAUGACCACAUUGUGAAAGUGUGGCCUCACAUUUCUACUCCUCCAAGGGAGUAGAAAAACUCUCAAAACACUCUCCAGGUAUGUGAACGCAAAUAUUUAUACAGAAAUUCCUUAUAUAGAAUGCCCUUCCUUAAAUCUGGAGCCAUUAUAUUUACUGUAAGAUACCUGAGUGUUAGGUGAUCAUUACUUGUGUAUUUUAUGCUUAAAUACCUAGUGAGUGGACAGAUGUUAAUAAAUUGUUUUUAAUUA